CUCGCGCGGCCAGCUUCUAUGCGCCGUUAACCGCGUUUUACGAACGUUAUAAACAUUUUUACUACCCAAAUCGACUGUAAAAAUCUGUACGGAUUAUAAACAAGGCUUUUUCCGUUGUCGAUCAAUUAUUUAGCGAAUGUAAAACGCGAUGAUGGACUUAAACAGUGUUUAGAAAUAAGUUUAUUUGUAUUUUUGUAAAAGUGAGAAGUGCCAAAGUUUAAAAUGGAAAUUCGCGGGUGCCGUGUUUCUGAUAUGAUUAGUUCUUCCAUCAACAGAGUGUUAAUUUGGGUAGCGGUUUCUUUUUUAAUCAAAGGUGCUGUGUGCUGUGAUGAGGAGUACCGCCUCGUACGUCACCUGAUGCAGAACUAUGACGCUUCAGUGCGUCCUGUGGAAAACUCCUCGCACCCACUCCUCGUCACCUUUGGAGUCUCGCUCCAUCACAUCAUUGACGUGGAAGAAAAAGACCAGCUGCUGACCACAAACUGCUGGAUCACGCAAGUGUGGAUGGACUACCACCUGCGGUGGAACACGAGCGACUUCGACGGCAUCGACGUCAUAAGGAUCCCGUUCGAGAGGGUGUGGAAACCUGACAUCAUACUUUACAAUAACGCCGACCCAAACUACCGUUCCGCGGUAAUCAACACGAACGUGAUAGUUCGUCACACGGGCGAAGUGACGUGGCUGAGUCACGGCAUCUAUGUCUCCGUGUGUGACAUCAACGUCGAACAGUUCCCGUUUGACGUGCAGCUGUGUACCAUGAAGUGGGCGUCGUGGACUUACGACGGUUUCCAGUUGGACUUAAUAAAACAAUUCGACGAAGGCGACACAACGAACUAUCAGACAAACGGGGAGUUCGAUCUGGUGAGCUUCGAUGCCAACAAGCACAUGAAAUACUACUCCUGUUGCGUGGAACCGUACCCUGACAUCACGUACAUCAUCAAACUGAGGAGACGACCCAUGUUCUACGUGUUUAACCUCAUUCUUCCGUGCUUGCUUAUCAAUGGGAUUGCUCUCCUCGUGUUCUACGUGCCGUCGGAGUCAGGCGAGAAGGUGACCUUGGGGAUCAGUGCACUGCUCUCCAUGACCGUGUUUCUGAUGACCAUCAGGGACACGCUACCACCAACAGAGAAGACUCCACUCAUUAGUCUGUAUUAUGGAGUUAGUACGUGUCUAGUAUCGUUCUCGGCGUCACUCUCCGUGGUCACUCUAAAUAUAUCCUACAGAGGAGUGAGAGGGCAGCCGGUGCCGGCCGCGCUGCGCGAGCUCGUGCUGCAGCGGCUCGCGCGGCUGCUCUGCAUCAACUUCGAGGUGGACGCCAAGGGUGACAGCACGCCGGUAGCGGUGGGAGUGCAAGUGAACCCUCGCACCGGGUCACGGCUGAAGUCGGAGCUGAGCUGCGACGGCGCACCCUUGCCACCGCCCUCGCCACGCUUCGCCCGCCACAACCACAAUCACUUGGCAGGAGCACAGAAUGACACAAACACCGAAGUAUGCCCAACAGCGUGCGUGCGAUGCUCAUGCUGUGGCUGCACGCUGCGCGAGGCCGCUGCGCGCCACGAACAGCGGGUCGCCGCCAACGAACGCCUAGAACGUGCCAAUCUUGAGUGGAAACAGGUGGCGGUAGUGGCGGACCGGGCACUGCUGGCGGUGUUCGUGCUGGUCACCGCCAUCUCCACGGCGGCCAUCCUCCUGCCGCAACUCACCAAUCUGCACGUCGGGAACACGCCCCUCAAACCACCCACUUAGAACUCAUGUGCCAAUGUCUUGGAUAUGAACUUGUGUGCCAACGAAUAGUAUACUGUGGUCGAAAUUGUGCCAAUUCAGUAUCACGUUAUUGGAGUAUAUGAAUACUCAUUCAAUUUAAAGUUUAGAACUUUUAGUUUCGAAAAUGAUGAUACAGUCAGACCAAGUUAAUUUUGCAGCGAUGUUGCUAAGUAAAUGGUAAAAUUUGACGUUUUAAUUAACUCAUAGAUCAAUUUUAGCUUUCUCUGACGCUAUUGAUAAUAUUUUAAUUUAUUAUUACAGAAUAAGAUGAAAUUAAACUAUUUAUUUGAGCUACCAUACGAGUAUACUAACAUUUUAAUAAUUAUAAAAUAAUUGAUGUACAAAUUACACACGAAUUGAUAUAAAAUUAUAUGUAACAAUCUUAAAUAUUUAUUUUUAGGAUUUUCUUGAAAUAAGUUGGGUCAAUAAUUAUUAUAAAAUGUCAAUUAUUUAACUUAAUGUUCCGAAAUACUAUUCAUUGUGUUGAAUAGUGUACCUAAAGUUUUUAGUAAUUAUAUAGGCGAUGUCAUUAUGGCUAGCUACUUUUUAUACGUUUAUGUUCGUUUGAUUGAUCUUAUAUUGAAUCUUCGCCGGUUUAUCAACUUGUAAAUACACUCAAUAGAUGUCAUAUCACAUACUUAAACAAAAAAUAGUAUUUAAACAAACAAUACAAUCACUGGUAUUAUUCAUAAUUGUUCCAAUUAUUUUUCAUUCAAAUAUUAUAUUAAUCAUCCAUGAAAACGGUUAGAAAUUGAUGUUAGUUGUUGAAACAAAAUAUAUAAAAAAAAAUAGUGUAUGCUCAAGGUUGUUGCCAAAUAAUAUAAUUAAUAACGAAGGUGUAAAUAUUAUUAAAACGUUACAAUAAUAAAUGUUAUUGUACUGUAAGUGUAAA